CAAACUAUAGGACUCUGCAUUAUUCACCAUAAUAUUCUUAGUCCUUUUCUUAUAUUCUUCAUUCCAAAUUUCUUGCCAAAUAUGGAGUGGAGUAGAGGACACACUAUAGGCCAUGGAUCCUCAGCUACCGUAUCUAUAGCCACCCGCCGUGAGGGCUGCCGUGUAUUCGCCGCGAAGUCAUCGGAGCUAUGCAAUUCAGAAUCUUUACAAAGAGAACAGAGGAUUUUAUCUUCUCUAUGCUCUCCUUAUGUGGUUAAUUUCAAAGGGAGUGACAUAACCAUGGAGAACAACAAGCUCUACUACAAUCUCUUCAUGGAGUACAUGCCAUUCGGAACCCUUUCCUCGGAAAUUAACCGGCACGGCGGCCGGCUCGAUGAGGCAAAAAUUAAGACCUACACAAGGCAAAUUGUGCAGGGGCUAGAGUAUAUACACUCUAAAGGGUUGGUACAUUGUGACAUAAAAUGUUCCAACAUCUUAAUUGGCACCGAAGGCGCCAAAAUUGGUGACUUGGGAUGCGCCAAGAGUGUCGUGGAUCCGCGAAUCAGCGGCACUCCGAUGUUGAUGGCGCCGGAAGCGGUGCGGGGAGAGGAUCAAGGGUGUGCUAGUGAUAUUUGGUCACUUGGGUGCACCAUAAUUGAAAUGGCUAAAGGUGAAGCAGCGUGGCCUAAUUUGUUGGACCCAUUUUGUGUUCUUUAUCACAUUGCAUAUUCCGGUGAAGUUCCUGAGAUUCCAUGGUUUCUAUCUGAAGAAGGUAAGGAUUUCUUGGGGAAGUGUCUAAGGUGGAAUCCAGAAGAGAGGUGUACCGCUACUCAACUUCUUAAUCAUCCUUUUCUCAAUUCCAAGGUGGAAUCAAAUUCAACAUCGCCAACAAGUAUUCUUGAGCAUGGGUUUUGGAGCUGUGUGGAAGAAGGUUCUCACACAACAAGAACAACAAGCCUUGGGGAUUUGCCACCUGACAGGGUUAGAAUGUUGGGUUUGUGUUCAGAGGAAUCAUGUUGGGCAUCAUGGAAUGAUGAUGGGAACUGGAUCACAAUUAGAGGGAAUGAGUGUGACUCAUGGGGUGAAGGGGUUUUUCGUAAUUUUGGGUCAGAGACAGCUUCUAGUAGUAAUGGUGGUUUGGAUCUGAAGGAGUUGGUGGAAAGCAAUGUGAGUGGUAGAAUUUGGAGUAAACAAUAAUAAUAUCAUUUGUAGCCAUGGUAGUGUUGUAGUUAGAAAUGUAAAUUCCGUUAGAUUUAUUAUGA